UCAUGAAAUGCCCCCGAGGUUUUAAAAAACGCACCAAAUACCCUCGCCUGUUUCGAUUCACAUAAUAUACCCCUAUUUAUCCGUACUGUUCAUGACAUGCACCUGUCAGCUAACGCCGUUAGUCUGCCGUUAGUGGUGUUUUACUUAUUUGCCCUUAAUUUUGGUUUAGCGCCAUUGACUUCCUUCACUUUCACAGAAAGACCAAAAAAAAAAAAAAACCGUUCACAUUUUUCUCUUUCUCUCUCCUCUCCCCUGUUCUUCUUCAAGCUCUAAUCCUACUCAAACCCUAGAAAUUCUGGGUAGAUCUUCAAUAUUUUUGUGAAUUUUGCUGCGCACCUUAAAGGCGAGUUCGUGGGUUGUGAUUUUGCUUCAAUCGCGACAAAAAAGGGAGAAACUUGAGGCGAUUUCCAGUUGAGUUAGUGUUGAAGAGGAAACGGGAAUUUUAAAGUUGGUUAGUCUACUUCCAGGAUGAGUGCUAUUUGGUUGUUACUACGUUAUGGGUCACAUAGUUUUGAUAUUAGAGUGGGAGACAUGGAAAAAUAUCGUUUGUUGAAGUUGUUUCUUGAUAUCUUUGAGGAAUCAGUUAAGCAAGAUGUUUUUUUGCCUAGUACCUUUAGCUUGUAUGUUGAGGGUCCUUGUGGUAAGGUUGAAUUGAAUGAUGAUAAGACUUUAAGGCUUCUGUGGGGAUGGAAUUGGGGUAAAGACACUGCUGAAAUUUGGGUUGAGGGAACAGAUAAACCAGGAUUGGUGUUUAGGAAUGCUGUUGCAACAAUUGAGAAUCAUAGAAAGGAAAAAGAGAGACAACUUAAGGAGAGACAAGAGGAACUGUUGAGGGCUCAAAGAGAGGAGGAAGAAGCAAUGAGGAAACAACAGGAAAGGGAGGACAUUUUGAGGGAAAUACAGGAACAAAUGGAGUACACUGUGGCUAUGGAGGUCCCUGUUGUUGAUUGUGAGGACAUGAAGGUUGAGUAUGUGAGAGUCAUUAGCAAAGAUGAUGCUGAUGAGGUGUUUCCAGGUUGCUCUCAACCACAACAAACACAAGAAUCCCCAAAGAAACAACCCACCCCACCCAAACACACAAAUCAUGUUGCUUCUAAGUCAAAAGGCAAGGAUAAGCCUGCUUCUAAGAAACUAACCCCCAAAAGGAGGGCAUCAGCUAAACAACCCACCCCACAGAAACAACCCACCCCACCUAAACAACCCACCAAACAACCUACACCACCACCCCCACCACCCCCACCACAGAAAGAACCCACCCAACCAAAACAACAACAACACACACCACCACCAGAACAUCCCACCUCUCCACCACAACAACAACAACACACACCACCACCAGAACAUCCCACCUCUCCACCACAACAUCACACCCCUCCACCACCACCACAAAAUCCCACUCCACCACAGAACAACCAAACUGAUGAGCCUAACAAUCAAGCACCACCUGAUCAAGCUCAGCCAGUGAAAAAGAAGGGGGGCAGAGCUAGACCUGAGGGGUUUAGGGUUAACAAAGUCACUGCUAAGAAGGCUGGAACUUGGGUUUCCAAGGGAAAGGGAAAAGGGAGAAAGGGUACAGGAAGGUCUAAGACACCAGGGGUUUUUGCUGAUGUUGGUGAGAUAUGUUCAGAAGAGGAGAGUGAGGAUUCUGAUUAUGAGGAAUCAGAUUCUGAACAAGAGGAUGUUCUGAAUGAUUGGAUUGAUUCUGAUGUUGAUGAUGAGGUGAUUCCUGAUGAUAUUCCUGAUUUGGGGUUUGAGGAUUGUCUAAAUGGUUCCUCAAAGAUGGAUAAGGCCUAUAAAAAUGGCAAAAUAUGGACUGAUCAACCAUAUGGGUCCAUUAAGUUAGAACCCUGGUUGAUCUUUCAUGAUAAGGCCACAUUUCUUGAAGUGUUGAGAAGUUACUGCAUACAGGAGGGGUUUGGGCUUAGUGUUGAGAGGGCUGACAAUAGGAGGUACACAGCAGUGUGUGCAGUGGAGUCAUGUGACUGGAGGAUACAUGCCAGUAGGUUGUUUGACAAUAUUAGCUGGGCCAUUAAGGUGAUCAGUGGGUCCCACAGAACUUGUGGGAGGCUUGAGGAGAAUCCAGUGGUGACCUCUGAGUGGUUGUGUAAGCAUAUGUUGGGGGAAAUAGAGGCAAAUCCAGAGAUUCCAGUGGAGACAUUGAGGAGGUAUGCACAGGAGAAGUUUCAGUUGAGGGUGAAAAAGAGGCUAUUGUACAAGGUCAGGAGUAUGGCAAAGGAAAAGCUGCAUGGUGGUUGGGCUGAAGCAUAUGAGCUGUUGCCUAGAUAUGCUGAGAUGAUUAAGCAAACAAACCCAGGGAGUCAUGCACUUAUAACAUGGGGGGCCAGUAGUGGGGAUGUGAACCCAAAAUUCAGAGCUUGCUUCUUCUCAUUUGCUGCACAAGUCAGGGGGUUUCUAAGGGGUUGUAGGCCCAUAAUUGGAAUAGAUGGGGCUCAUUUAAGUGGUUUCUACAAGGGCAUUCUACUGACAGAAGUUGGCAUAGAUGGGAACAAUGAAAUUUUUGUUCUUGCCUAUGGGAUAGUAGACACUGAGAGUUGUGACAGUUGGACCUACUUCAUGAGAUGUUUGAGGCAAAUGUUUGAGCAGGAGGGUUGCAACAGAGAUGAUUGGACCUUCAUCAGUGAUAGGAUGAAGGGUGUUGAGUUGGCAGUUAGAGAAACUUUUCCUAGAGCAACUAGGAGAGUUUGCUGCCAACACCUAUACAUGAAUUGUAAGAACAAUGGCUUCAGUGGAUCUGCAUUCCACAAGCUCUUUUGGAUAGCUGCUAAUGCAUACAAUGAGUAUGUGUUUGGUAAGGCCAUGGAAAAGAUCAGUGAGUACAAUGCAAAUGCCACUGCAUACUUGAACAGCUGCAUUGAGCAGUGGUCUAGGCAUAAGUUUGACUCUACUGUUUGUUGUGAUCACAACACAACAAACUUUGUGGAGUCAUUCAAUGCAUGCACAAAUCCCUUCAGAGACAUGCCUGUCUUCUCAUUAUUGGAAGCAAUCAGAAGUUGGUGUAUGCAGAGGGUGGGGGCUAGAUUUGACAAGGCAGUUGACAUGGAGGAAGGUCAGCUCACUGCAUAUGCAUUGAAAGAGUUAGAGGAGAGGACAGCUGAGUCCAGGUUAUGUUAUGCCACAGCAUGUGGAGGGGGUGAAUUUGAGGUUAGGGAUGGACAUGUCAACUUCCCAAUUAGGCUUGCAACAAGAAGUUGUGCCUGUGGGAAGUGGCAGAUCUGUGGAAUCCCCUGCAAGCAUGCACUGAGGGUCAUAUAUGACCAAAGGAUGAACCCCCAUGAUUUCAUAUCCCCAUGGUUCAAGGCUGCUGCAUACAAGCUAACCUAUGCAGAACAUAUUCAUCCUAUGGCAGAUCCAUCUCAGUGGCCUGACUUUGGCCUUCCUUCCAUUCAGCCUCCAACCAUCAAAAGACCAUCUGGCAGACCUGCUAAGAAGAGAAAGAGAGGGGCAAAUGAACCAAAGAAAGGGAAGAGGAACACAAAUGUGAAAUGUGGAAAGUGUAGAGAGUUUGGUCACAACUCAAGAACAUGCAAGAGUGGAGGAACAAGUGCCACUGGACCAAGUACUUCAAAGAGUGGUGCAGCAGGAGCAAGUACAUCAAAUGGGGGACCAAACACAAGGAAGAGGUCAAAGGCAGCUGCAUAGUCACCUCAGUUGGCUAUAUUUUGUGAAUUGUAGUGCACAAAGCUAAACUAACUUAGUCAAAUCAGUUUAGUCAGAAUCAGUUUAGUUAGAAUCAGUUUUUGGAAACAGUUGUGCAGAGAUCAUUUUUUGGAAACAGUGAAAUGCUUAGAACACCUCUUUUUGUGCAGUUCAGUGGUGUUUGUCCACUUAAAGUUCAGUUUAUGUAAAGCUUAUUUGCUUGAACAAGUAUUUAUGGAACAAAGUCUCUUUAUUUCAUGAAAUUUGUUACAACUUUA